CGUUAACGUCCUGCCACAUUCUUGUUCUUGAACCACGAUGACGGAUGCAAAGGGACCGACUGCUGCAGCGAACAAAGUAGCAAUGUCUCGUGCCCUCGGCGCUGCAUUCUUGAACCACCAGGUCGAACAGCUCGAGAAGACAGUCGUAUCGAACGGACCUGCUUCUGGUAACUGGCGGGACAGAAAGCAAACAUCACCACAUUUGAUGACGCCGCCACACAAGCGCGGCGCAAGCUCUCCAAAUGGCAAAACCAACAAUCGGAGGAGAGGUGGCGACACUCUGAUUGCAUCGAAGGAGAGAGACGCCGGACCUCGUGGUGGCAGGAAUUUGGACUCUGUACCUCCGAAAAGGCGCUUUGCAGGCGAAGAAAAGCACGAGAAGGAUGCCGACGUCGUCAUCGUAGAUGCCAGUGUUCUGGUCCAUGCGCUGGACAACGUGAAGAAAUGGUGUAGAAACGGCAGAGAGGAGGUUGUCAUUGUGCCCCUUGAAGCUCUGAAUACUCUCGACCUUCUGAAAAAAGGGUCUACUACGCUUGCUCAACGAGCCAGAGCUGCGUCCAGAAUACUCGAAGCCCAAGUCGGUACCAACCCUCGCAUUCGAGUUCAACAAGAUGAUGCAUUUGUACUCUGGGACAAGAUUUCCUUCAAGGACGGCGCUCUCUCCGAAGAUUUGAGUACAGAUGCCGCAACCCAAAGUCCCCACAUUUCUCCGGAAUGGGUCCGUCGAACGAUUUGCAGUGCUCGCUGGGAAGUCGAACAUGCCCAGAAGACUAUUCCGUCUUCGAAAGUGACCGAUCCGAAGGUAAUUGUCGCAGUCUGCACGACGUCCCCAAGUCUCUCCCCUCAGCUGGUACCCGUGAAGCUCUCCGAGUCCCCUUCCGAGUCCGCUCUCACACCAGUUCCACUCCCAGCACCCACUCAACACAGCUACAACAAGCAUGAACCCAGGUCUAGUGGAUCUCUUGUUGCUCACUGGGCCGCACGCGCGGGUCUCGAAGUUAUUGACGUCAAACCUACGGUCGUUCCUGCACCGAGUGGAAAUACUCGUAGCUCUUCCGAGGAGGAACGUCCGAAGAGGAUUGCUGUGAAUAAAGGCCGUCGUGGUCCGGCCAACGGUGGCGUCAUUGAUUCCUCCAAAGGGGGACUGGUUGAACGGUCACCUGCUGUCUUGGCGAUGAUGGAAAUGGUUUCCCAGCCUAGCAAAGUUGUGAGGGUACUCGCUAGAGGAGAGAAGUUAGAACCCGACCCGUAGGGGUACUCAGCGGAACCAAUUCGCAUUGCCGGAGCCGGUUUAUAACUUUCCGUGGCCUGCUGAAAUGGAUUAUAGCGGUGUCUAUCUUCUCUGUUCUUUUGCCUUCAAGGUUAUGGCGUCGCUAACUCAUACGAUACGCAGCCGGAGCACCUUUCUCGGAUCUCUGGUCGGGCCGUUUUCUCCAUUGGAAUU